CUGGGUCACGGCGUAUGGCGGCCGAGCACAUCCGUUAUUUUUUUCUGGGGUGACCUAGUUGUCGGUGGAACAAGUAAUAUGAAAGCUGCACCACUAUGGAGAUCGACGAGACUGACCCUGGCUAUCUUUGCAUUUUUGGGGUUCCUCAACUUCUACGCUCUACGGGUCAACAUGAGUAUAGCUAUCGUCUGCAUGGUCAAUCACUCCUCCCAGCAUGCCUCAGUUGGACAGAACUCAUCAGCGUCGUUUGAUUUGUGUCGACCAGACAAGGAUGAUAACUCUUCCGGUCAGACUGGCUUGGAGGAUGGCGAGUUGAACUGGGACAAGGAGACCCAAGGGCUGAUCCACGGCUCCAUCUUCUGGGGCUAUUUGGUCACCAAUCUGGCGGGCGGCGUGCUGGCCACCAAAUAUGGCGGCAAACACGUGAUCGGCCUCUCUCUGCUGGCGUCGGCGUUGUUGACCCUGUUGGUGCCGGUGGUUGCCAGGAGCAGCGUGCAGGGUCUGAUGGCACUGAGGUUUUUCACAGGUGCUUCACAGGGGUUCGUGUCACCAGCCAUGCAGUCCCUGUGGUCCCACUGGGCGCCUCCAUUAGAGAGCAGCAGACUGAGGAGUAUCUGCUUUGCUGGUUCCCAGGUGGGCAAGGUCCUGACGUACCCAAUGACGGCACUCCUGUGUGAGUACGGCUUUGACGGCGGCUGGCCGAGCUUGUUUUAUCUGCAGGGUAUUGUUGGGGUAGUCUGGUUUGUUGGCUGGUGCCUGACGGUCUACGACAGCCCCUCCCAACACCCGAGGAUAUCUGCACGUGAGAGAGACUACAUAGAGACCAGCCUAGCCGGCAUGGUCAGCGGCCGAUCACAGACCAAAACACCGUGGCUCUCAAUCCUUGGCUCCGGUCCGGUGUGGGCCAUCAUCAUUGCUCACAUGUGCUGUAACUGGGGGGAGUACACGUUUUUAACCAACAUCCCCACCUACAUGAAGGAGGUGUUAAAGUUCGACAUCAAACAGAAUGGCUUUCUCUCAGCACUGCCGUACCUCGGCUUCUGGCUUCUGAUCACCGUGUCCAGUUGGCUGGCAGACCUGGUCAGGAGCAAACAACUCUUGUCAACAACAGCAACCAGAAAACUUUUUAACUCAGUCGGUAAAUUUGUCCCUGCCCUGCUCCUGAUUGCCGUGAGUUUUGUGGACUGUACCCAGCCGUACCUGGCCGUGUCCCUGCUGGCACUGGGCGUGUCCAUGACGGGGUUCCAGUACGGGGGCGGGCUGUACAUGAGUGCCGGGGACAUCGCGCCCAUGUACGCGGGGGUCAUCUACGGGAUCUCCAACACCGUGGCCACCAUCCCUGGCUUCCUCUCACCCCUGGCCAUUGGCCUCCUCACCCCAGACCAAACACAAGAACAAUGGCGGCAAGUGUUUUACAUCGCCGCGGCCAUCUACGUGUUCGGGGCCAUUUUCUUCAUCGUCUUCAGCAGUGGUGAUCUGCAGACGUGGGCCAAACAAGAGAUGCAGGAGGCAGCUAGUCUUGAGCUCAAGGUCGAUCUCUUGGACAGUGAAGCUUGUGGUGUUGGUACGGACACGCCUAGAGACAGGCGACACAUAGAACCGUGUGAUACAGAUAUACGUAGUAUAGAAGCAAGUGAUAGAAACACACACGAUAUAGAUCUUACUGAUACAAACACACACAAUAUAGACCAUAGUGAUACAAACACACACGAUAUAGACCCUAGUGAUACAAACACACACGAUAUAGACCCUAGUGAUACAAACACACACAAUAUAGACUCAAGUGAUACAAAAACACACAUUAUAGACCCUAGUGAUACAAACACACACGAUAUAGAUCCUAGUGAUACAAACGCACACAAUAGAGAUCAUAGUGAUACAAACACACAUUAAUAUAGACAGUCGUGGAAUAUACAUUAAAACUAGACACACAAAUGUUCUUGAAAUACGUGUUACUGUUAUUGAAGCAUUAGAUGGGGUAUAACAAUGAGCAUUAUUUGGUAUCCAAAUAAUUUUAACAGCUUAAACUUGAAGUCUUCCAUAUUUAUUUGUUGUUUUAUAACUUUUUAAAAUGUUACUGUAUAUUAAACACUUUAAUAUUUUUUA